GAGUCUAGGGGACAAGCUCGGACAAAGGCACGGUUCAAUCGUCAAGUGCCUGUCUUUUAAUUCGAGAAGUGAAAACAAGAUGGCAAGGGAUGUGAAGGAAACUCUGAAGCAGGUGAGAGAAAUUCUCGAAACGAUGAGCAAAGAGAACUCCGAGCACGGAAUUAUGUGCUUGCCUACUCAGAACCCCGAAUUCGUCAUCGGCAUGGAGGAGCCCUUGGUGAGGUUGAAGAUGGAGCUCCUCAAGGACGGUGCCUCCAUUCUUGGGUUGACGGGUCUACCAGGAUCCGGCAAGACCACGUUGGCCAGGAAGCUCUGCAGGGAUGACCAAGUCAAAGGUAAGUUCAGGGACCAUAUCUUGUUUGUGACCUUCUCAAAAACACCCAACUUCAAGGUCAUUGUGGAGGCUCUAUUUCAACGCUGUGGCAAGGUUCCUGAGUUUCAUAGUGACGAAGAAGCAGCUAAAGAAUUGGCACUUCUGUUGAGUAAAAUUUCGGGAAGUCCGAUAUUGUUGGUGCUGGAUGACGUUUGGCCCGGCUCAGAAUCACUUGUUCAGAACUUCAAGCUCCAGAUUCCCGAUUAUAAGAUUUUGAUCACUUCAAGAGUCACAUUUCCAACAGCUAACCCUCGUAUCCACUUAGAACCACUUCCUUAUGAAGAAGCACUAACACUUUUCCGUCACUUUGCUCUCGUAAAAGACAAUUGCUCGUACAUUCCCGAUGAAUUUCUUGUCCAAGAGGCUGUGAGAAGUUGUAAGGGCCUACCUAUCGCCAUUAAAGUAAUCGCUAGAUCACUGUGUCAGCAGCCUCGUGAAACGUGGCAAAAGAUGAUAAAGGAAUGGUCGCAAGGCCAUUCUAUUCUUGAUUCCAAUUCAAAUUUGCUUAAUUUCCUCCAAAGAAGCUUGUGUGUUUUGGAAGAUGAGCCCAUCAUCAAGGAGUGCUUCAUGGACUUAGGGUUAUUUCCCGAAGACCAAAGAAUUCCUGCUACGGCUCUCAUUGAUAUGUGGGCGGAACUUUAUAAACUAGAUGAUAACGGCAAAGAAGCCAUGGCCAUAAUCAAUAAAUUAGUCUCCCUGAAUUUGGCAAAUCUCCUUGUUACAAGGAAAGUCGAAAGUGAUCCAGACAGUUACUACAACAACCACUUCAUCAUGCAGCAUGACCUUCUAAGAGAUCUUGCAAUUCAUCAAAGCAACCAAGAACCUGUUGAACGGAGAAGAAGAUUGAUGGUUGACAUAAACGAAAAUAAUCGACAAUGGUGUGUACAGGAGCACCAGCGAGGCAUUAUUGCCCGCAUGUUGUCGAUAUUCCUUAAAUGGUGCGUUAGACAAAAGCAGCAACCUGCCAUUGCACGGACAUUGUCUAUAUCAACUGAUGAAGCAUUCACUUCAGAUUGGGGCAAUGCGCAGUUAACCGAAACUGAGGUUCUAAUAUUGAACGUUCGUACUAAGCAUUAUUCCUUCCAAAAGUUCAUUGAGAAAAUGAGAAAUCUAAAGGUUCUAAUAUGCACUAAUUUUGGUUUUCAUGCUUCCGGAUUGGAAAACUUUGAGCUACUUGAUUCUUUACCUGCCCUGAAAAGAAUGAGACUGGAGAAGGUUUCCAUUCCUCCCCUCGGCAAAUUGGAGAACCUGCAAAAAUUAUCCCUUUAUAUGUGUGAUACAAGUCAAGCUUUUGGAAGCUGUAAGAUACCAAUUUCACGUGCAUUGCCUAAUCUAAUAGAAUUGAACAUUGACUAUUCCAAAGAUAUGGUGGAAUUGCCUCCGGAUAUCUGUGAUAUUAAAACCCUCAGAAAGCUUAGUAUUUCUAACUGCCACAAGUUUUCUAAUUUGCCCCAAGAAAUAGGCAGGCUGGAGAAUUUGGAACUACUGAGGCUUAAUUCCUGUACUGAUUUAGGAGGUAUACCAGAAUCAAUUGGUUGGCUUUCAAGGUUACGUUUCCUUGACAUAUCAAACUGCAUAAGCCUAAGAAAUUUACCUGAAAGCAUUGGUGAGUUACAAAAGAUAGAGAAGUUGUACAUGACAGGUUGCUCAAGGUGUGAACUGCCAGAUUCGGUAAAGAAUCUUGGACAUUUAAAAAGUGUAACAUGUGAUGAGGAGACGGCUGCUUCCUGGGAGGUUUUCAAACUAAUGCUUACCGAUCUAAGGAUUGAGGUGCCGCAUGUAGAUGUCAACUUAAAUUGGCUUAUUGGGACUGGCUUAUAAGCAAGGUCGCCAAGAAGCUGGAUCUGGGGAUGGGGUGCUGUAUGGAGGAGCAGGGGGAUGAAGACCGAAUGUGAAGAUCCGAGACGGUCUAGAGAUUUAACAUCUUCAUCUUUGGAUCAAUUCAAUGGUUGGCAUUCCAACCGCAGCACCGUGUUUCAGCUUUUAUUCUGAUGCAGAUGUACCGAAUGCUUUCCCCCUCUGUUACUUUUCUGCCAAUUUGAGAGGAGAGAGACUUUCUUUUAAGGGAGGAGGAAAUGGAAAGGUUCUGCUUUCACAAUAACGCAUGAAUAAUUAGAACAAGAAGCCAUGGUCAAUGCAUGUCAGACACUUGAAAGUCAAAUAUAUGUAGGCACCAGGAAUUCAAAUUAAUCAUGUCCUGUGUAUGUUGAUGUACUUUAUGGAUCCUAAGACAGCUUUUGUGAUUGUAGUUUAGAAUUUGAAAUAUUACUGAGUUCAUGCUUGUGUGUGU